AUGCUGUUCAUGCAGAUAUCGAUUGACAUCCUCGAUAUCCGAGGAUGCAAUCCUACGUCUCCUUCUAUUUGUUUUGGAGUAUUUUAUCUUAUCUUGAUAGAGCUUGUCUCACGUGACACUCUCAACGUGACAACGGUGGGGACUGCUGACAUCCUGGCUGGAAGGUGUCUUAUUUCAUCACCCGAGGGCAUGAUAUGGCAGUGCAAAUGCACAACAUGGCGGGAUGACGUCGAAUCUUGUUUCGACAUUGACACAUGGACUCUGGACUUGGUGGGGUCUCCUCUGACAGCGCUUCAAGACAAUCCGCUACGCAGCUAUACAGCAUGCGUGGAGAUCUACUCAGGUCGUCGUCUAUCCUUCCUACGAGAUAAAGUUGUUGCAUUCGAAGGUAUCAGUGCAGCUUUAGAAAGACGACUUGAAUCUUCUUUCAAAUAUUCUAUGCCCCUUCGUUAUCUUGACUGGGCACUUCUGUGGGUUGAAAGAGACGCACUAGUGGGCAACGAGUUCCAACAAAGAUAUGACAAACAGAAGCGGACAGAAUUUCCAAGCUGGUCAUGGUGUGGUUGGGACCUUCCUGUUCAUUGGCCGAGAUUGUUUCUCGAGGGAACACUAUUCAACCUUCGCGACUGGUUCGCUAGUCGUGCUGCAGGGUGUCAUUUUAGAUCACAGGUCACUGUUGACGAAGUGACUGAACCCAUGGAUCAUCGGUCCUAUCCGUGCCUUGAGGGCAAUUUGCUAUUUCAAACCUUUACGGGCCACUUCUCGCUUUCCCGCAAGACGAUGUCUGGGCCAGUCGUAAACACCAGUCAAGAAACCCAUCUCCGCCAAUUUGGUAUUGCGGAUAGUUUUGGUGACUGGUGUGGAACUAUUACCCUUGAUAAGAGCUGGUAUAACCAGGUUGGCGGCAUUUUCGAAUUCGCUGCAAUCUCGGAAGCUAAAGACUUUAGUAUGGAGGAGCUUGAUACGUGGACGUAUUAUGUCUCUGAAGAGAGGCAGCAGGCUGAGUGGUAUUGCUUUUAUGCAUUGAUGAUUCGUUGCGAGGAGACCAAAGGUGGUCCUGUUGCAGAACGAGUUGGACUUGCAAAGAAUUUUCAGUCUUCAUUCUUUUUUUUCGAUCUCUGA